AUGGGGAAGCCUUCAGCCCAUCCGCACUGCCGGGAUUUCGUGGCAUGGCUGCGCAAGGCUGGCAUCACAGAUCUGUCUGUGCCCCAAGCACCGGACGUCCAUCCGAUCAUUCUGGCGGUGGAGGCCCUUGCCAAAAGACUGGGGGAGCCAAAGUUCAAGCAGAUGCUUCGUGAGGUCUUCUUUGGAGGCGAGGCAAGGAUAAAGCUUCUCACAGCCUGGUUUACAGCCAAGAAGAACGAAGGAGCGUGCUUCGCCAUCAUAACUGCCGGCGUGGCCAGCUCUGUGUCCAUGGCCCUAGAAGCCGUUCCAGAGUGGGACGACUUCUUUCCGACAGACUUGGUUCUCGAUGUUGGAGCAUGCCGGCACCAGGUGAUGUCCGUGACCGGGCAGAAGUCACUGAUGUUGCGAGACCUGCGUCCGACCAUCCCAAGGUAUGGCGACUGGUGGUCUCAGUCUAAGGCUACGGAGGAGCUUGGGCACAGGGUGUCUGGCGACCGUGAGCAGAGCAAGGCUUUCAUGCAGGAGCGAGGUCCUUCUUCGGCGGCGACCACGUCGGAGAACUCUGAUGCUCCUCCGCCAAGGGUUGCCAAGCCAUCACUGCCCGAGACGGUGGAUUUCCUGAGGAGCUCGCCGCAACAGGAUGCAAUGCCUCAUGAACAUGUUUCUUCCCCGCCAGCUUCGACGGCUUCUCAUCUCCGAGACAACAAUGCUUGCCAGAGGACGAAGACCGACCUCAAGCCUGAUGCAAAUCCCGCUGAGUCCUUGGAGGAGUCCGAGUGGUGGCUGGGUGUGGACGAGGCGACCAGGCAGCGGCUCACGGAGGAGCUACGAGAUUGGCUGCGGAGCAUAAGUCCAACCUUCACCUGCUAUUUCCAGAUAAUGGAAGACAACUAUGACACAGUGGACCAAAUCUGUCGGCUCUACCUCAUAGAGGAGGAAGACGGAGAGUCCAAGACGGAAAAAAGGCUGGACCCGCUGUUCUUUCAGGACAAUGGCAUCAACGAUCCGGAGCAUCAGCGCUUGUUUCGCCAAUGGUUCGCUUCAAAAUGCAGUCUCACUGCUGGCGGGAGCGAGGCUGCAGAUCCUGCCCUCCCUCCUGUCUUUACGUCGAAAACCGAGCAGGUGGCUGCUCAACCAGUUCUUGGUCACGAUGCAAGAGGCAUCUCUGCUGCUGCUAGCAGCACACGCGGCGAGGAUCCCUGGACCACAGGCAAAGAUCCCUGGGCUCAGGGUCGUGAAGCCGCGAGUUUCCGGAGUCGCAACUUGCCCCGAGAUGCUGUGGUCAUAGGUCUCGGAUUGUCCCAACUUGUGGACCCUGUGACAUAA